GCGAGUGGGAAGAACGGAGAUAAAUACACACACAUAUAUUCUUCUUUCCAAGCACAUUAAAAUGGCCCCUUUCGAUCUCACAUCUUAUAAAGCCCUAUCCUUUGAUAUAUAUGCAACUCUCAUAGAUUGGGAGACGGGCAUUUUUUCCCAGUUUUUACCAUUGCUCAGCAAACUUCCCAAGGGACAUUCGCUAUGGAACAAAAAUUUGGCCGAUAUCCGAAACUAUCUACUUACUCAGUAUGCAACUCAUGAACAUAGGCUGGAAAUUCAGCACCCAAAUGAAAAAUACUCGAAGUUGCUGAGCAUGGUGUACGAAAAUGUCGCUGCGGAUGUGGGAAUAGCUGUAACCCCCAGCGAAUCAGAGGCAUUUGGUGGCGCCAUAGGGAAAUGGCCAGCAUUUGCGGACACAGUAGACGCAAUGCAAACAUUAGGAAAAUAUUACAAACUCAUUGCAUUGAGUAAUGUGGACAAGGUGUCGUUUGCAAGCACGCUACGUGGUCCACUUAAUGGCGUCCAAUUUGAUGCUAUUUACGUUGCAGAGGACAUUGGCACGUACAAACCGAAUCCAACCAACUUUAAUUAUCUUCUAGAUCAUGCACGCCAGGAUUUCGGAAUACAAAAAAACGACAUAUGCCACACAGCGCAGAGUCUAACCUUUGACCACAUCCCCAUUGCAUCGAUGGGCUUUCCGCCCGCCGUUUGGAUAUCUCGUGGAGGUGGGAGCAUGGGCAUGGGGGAUUUAGAAGCGGUGAAGGAUAAAGUAAAUAUUGGAGCUACGUAUGCAACGCUAGGAGACAUGGUCAUAGCUGUAGAAGCAGCCUUUGAUAAACUGCAAAAUUAA